AUGACCAGUUUAGUCGUUCCAAUGCCGUCACAGUUUAACGUGCCGAACGAUAAGAAGACGCAUAGACACGACAACCAGGACGAUGACAGUUUAGUUGUCCAUAAGAAGUCCAAGCUGGAGUUGUCUCAUGAUGCUAAUGCUUCAUCUGCUAUUGAUCUGGGGAAAAUUUCAAAGAGCGAGAAGCUGAUAAACUUCCAAAGUUCACCUCUGGAUGAUAACGUUGAUUAUAUCUCACUUAAGAGUUCAUUAGAUUUGUUGAAGAGUAGAUCUCUUCAAAUACAACGGGAUAUGAAGGAACUUGUGAACUUGAAACGUUGUAUCCGUACAGUUUCAGACGUUAAAGAAGUGGUGUCGUUGAUCAACACCAAUAGGGACUACCUAAGGGAAAUUGAAUACACAGGAAGUUGUAUAAAAUGCCCUCGUAUCAACUGGAGCAGAGAUUAUGACGUUGAUAUGGAAACUUUACAAAUGGAUAAUGAUACUUUUACAAAUGAGAUUAACGAACGUUAUGAAAUUAUCAAAAGGGAUAAACUCUUUGGAUGA